GUUUUGUUUGGGAGCCGGUGGAAGAGAGCUUUGCAGACAUGGCGCAGUACAAGGGGGCCGCUAGCGAAGCCGGGAGGGCGAUGCAACUUAUGAAGAAGCGGGAGAAGCAGCGAGAGCAGCUGGAACAGAUGAAGCUGAAAAUAGCGGAGGAGAAUGUGGUUAAGGCAAAUAUAAAUAAGAAAUUCUCGGCACAUUAUGAUGCGGUGGAGGCGGAGCUAAAAUCAAGCACUGUGGGAUUGGUUACCCUUAAUGACAUGAAAGCAAAACAAGAGGCUCUGGUGAAAGAGCGAGAGAAGCAGCUGGCAAAGAAGGAGCAAUUCAAGGACCUCCAGUUAAUGCUGGAGAAGCAGAGGGAAAGGGAGCGAAAGAAAGAGCAAAAGCGCAAAAUAGCCAGCUUAUCUUUCAACUUAGAGGAGGAUGAGGAAUGUGAAGAUGAGGAGGGUGAAGAAGAAGAAUCAGACAAAGAGGACCCACCUGAGGAGAAGAAGAAGAAGAAGAAGAAGCUUGGCAAAAAUCCUGAUGUGGAUACAAGUUUCCUGCCAGACAGAGACCGCGAGGAAGAGGAGAACCGACUUCGAGAAGAACUAAGACAGGAGUGGGAGCACAAGCAGGAGAAGAUAAAAAGUGAAGAAAUUGAAAUCACCUUUAGCUACUGGGAUGGCUCCGGGCACCGACGGACAGUAAAGAUGAAGAAAGGAAACAGUAUCCAACAAUUCCUGCAGAAAGCACUGGAGAGCCUACGGAAAGACUUUAGUGAGCUGCGAUCUGCAGGCGUGGAACAGCUCAUGUACAUUAAGGAAGAUCUUAUCAUUCCACAUCAUCACAGUUUUUAUGACUUCAUUGUGACAAAGGCGAGAGGCAAAAGUGGUCCCCUUUUUAACUUUGAUGUUCACGAGGAUGUGCGACUGCUGAGUGAUGCCACUGUAGAAAAGGAUGAGUCCCAUGCUGGCAAAGUUGUCCUGCGUAGCUGGUAUGAGAAGAACAAGCACAUAUUCCCAGCAAGCCGGUGGGAACCUUAUGACCCAGAAAAGAAAUGGGAUAAAUAUACGAUCCGGUAAAAAGCCUGGAAGAAAUAGACAUAGGCUGAGCUGCACUAUGUCUCUGUCCUGUUUGUGUUCUGCAUCUAUCCCUGCUGCUGACUCAACUGGAUAAUAUAUUGUCUUGUCAAAUUAUCUGUGUGUCUGUUUGUAAAGCCUUUGCAGAUUUGGUGUAAUGAAUUCCAAUAAGUGCUCUAACUUACUUCCCUGUGACAUUAAAUGGCAAUCACUGUGACUUCAGGAAGAAUUGUCCUGUACGGUAAAUAGAGUGUGAUACAUAGUGCAAGGAGCUUAUGGCAUGCAGCACACAACUCUGCUAGUAUUUGGGGAUUGCUCUUAGCGUGGCAGAAUCAGGGGGCUACCCCCCCCCCCCCUAAAGUACCAGUGUCUCAUGGUGCCAUAGUAUUUUCUAAGGAAGAUGAUGGUAUAUACCCUGUGUGUGAAUAAAAUGUAGAAUUACAAUCCCUGAUAUGAAAAUUAAUUAACUCUGCCCUGUUAAGAUGGAAGCAAUAGCCAAAAUGAACCGACUAGUGUGUGUACAAAAGCUACAAAUGCCAUUGUUUCCAUCCUCUCAGAUUCUGUUGAACUUCAGCUCUUGUAGGGGCUCAUAGAUUAAAACUCGCUGUACAAUAAAAUCUGCAAACCAUU